ACGCGAGAUGUGUCUGACGUCACUUUUAGCGCGGAGUUUGUUGUUGGCGGAAAAGCUUCGUCUUGAAAGUCUGAACAAGUUGUUUUAUUCAGCCACAGACUGAGUGAAUUGUAUAUACAUUAUAUUUAUGUUGUCUGACAAUUAUCUUAUGACUACGUGGCGUGUUUAUGAAAUGUUUAUCUGAGACACUUCUGAACUAGACGACUAACGACAGCGAUGGAGGUGACUCCUGUCUGCACUGAACGCAUCGGCACAGAUGGAUGUAUUAUUAGAUCUGACAGAGGUCACAGGAGAAGCAAAGUCCCAAGGGAUGUGGAGAUGGACAUUGAGUUCCUAUACAAAGUUGUUCCCCAGCUGGCCAAGGUGUUCCGCAUCAUUGACAAAAUUGGAGAAGGUACAUUCAGCUCGGUGUACCUGGGUGAGGCUCAGAUGCGGGAUGGGAGGAGAGAGAUGUUCGCCCUGAAGCACCUCAUCCCAACUAGCCAUCCUACACGCAUUGCUGCUGAGCUUCAGUGUCUCACUGUUGCUGGAGGCAAAGAGAAUGUGAUGGGAGUGACAUACUGCUUCAGGAAGGAUGACCAUGUGGUGAUUGUCAUGCCCUAUAUGGAGCAUCGAGCUAUUGUGGAAAUAAUUAGCUCAAUGAGUUUCGAAGAGGUUCGUCUGUACAUCUAUCACCUGUUGAAGGCCCUGAGACACGUCCACCAGUUUGGUAUCAUUCACCGAGACAUCAAGCCUAACAAUUUCCUUUACAACAGGAGCCACAAACUGUAUGCACUGGUGGACUUCGGCCUGGCUCAGGGCACAGUGGACACACAGAUCGAGCUGCUGAAGGUGGUGAAGCACAGGGCGUCACAAAAAGGUGGAGGGUCCACAGGGACACAAGACACCACACAGCGGGGCAAAGCACAGCCUAAAAUCCCACCCAAAACCACCACUGCCUCCACCUUGCUUCCUCUGCCUCCACAGCAGUCCACCACCGUACAACCCUCCUCGUCCUCUUCCUCCACCACCACAUCCUCCUCAGCCUCUCGGAAAAUACUGGUUAAAAAAGCACGUUCUGUCACCACCACCAUCACCACCUCCACCUCUCGCACAAAGCACACAAAGGAUUUGACAGGACUGCGCAGAGUGCCUCGGCCUGUGUUUGGAGAGAGGAACCUGAACAGCUGCACUCCUGCUCCAUCCACCACCAAACAAGCUGCUAUUAAGACGGAGUCUGGGAAAACAGAGGAACCAGCCAGCCGAAGGUACCCUUCAGCCAGCAGGGGACCACUGCCUGCCAGGAGCCAGAGCAGCAGUCAGAAACCGCAGAGGGCAGUACAUCAGGGCCUCACCUGUAACUGCUACCAGACUGACCGUGUCUGCAACAUCUGCUUGUCCAGGAAGCAGCAGGUGGCUCCCAGGGCAGGAACCCCAGGCUUCAGAGCACCAGAAGUCCUCACUAAGUGUCCCAACCAAGGAACAGCCAUAGACGUGUGGUCAGCUGGUGUGAUCCUGCUCUCACUGCUCAGCGGCCGUUAUCCGUUCUUCAAAGCCAGUGAUGACCUGCUCGCCCUCACUCAGAUCAUGACCAUAAGAGGCUCAAGAGAGACUAUCCAGGCUGCCAAGGCAUUUGGUAAAGCAGUGGUGUGCAGUCGGGAGCUGCCUCGUCAGGACCUCAGGACGCUGUGUGAGACGCUGAGAGGACGGAGGCCAUCACCAGAUGAUGAGGUCACACCACUUCCUGAAGCCAACAAAGACUCUACUGCCACCCGCUGUCACAAGAUCCAGGAUGAUACACCAACACAUCGUCCUGCUAAUGGAGCAGGUCAGACUUUCCCAAACCACAGAGAACAUUCACAAAGCACUCCGCUCACUAAACAGGACUCGGAGUCAGACUAUAAGGUGGAAGAGGAUGAGCGGGGCUGGGACAGUGUUCCUGAUGAGGCCUAUGACCUACUGGACCGGCUACUGGACCUGAACCCUGCCACAAGGAUCACAGCUGCCCAGGCUCUGCAGCACCCGCUGUUCGCAGACCUGUGAAACUGCACAACUGCCACGUUAAUAUAACUUCUGAGCCGUUGUUGGGACUACACGAACUGGAUGCUGCAACUAAAGGGUUUCACGGCAGAGGACUUAGUCUGUCCCUCUCUGAGAAAUAAUUAUCAGAUGAUAAUAAUAGUAAGUGGGAGAAGUGUGAAGUGUGGAGAAGUUACCCGAACAAGAGCGGAGAGAGCCGGAACAUUUCAGUUAGAGGGUAAAAAGGCUUCCCUCAGUUUUCUCUUCUCUGUUGAGCGCUACAUGUAUUUUAAUGUUACUAUCCAUUUAAGACACUUUUGACUUGCUGGCCCACAUGCCUGCAGUAAAGAAUAAAAAUGUGUUGUUUUUUUUAAUGGCAGCUAUGGUAAAAAGUACUUUGGGCAUUUUAAAGGGCUCUAGAUGUGUACCGUCAGCUAUUAGACAGUAAAAGCAUUGAGUGAAGGCAUUAUAUUGACAGACUAUUGGUUGAUGUGUCAAAUGUUGGACUUUUUUUCUUUUUUGAGGUAUUUAUUCUUUUAGCUGUUUGGUGAAAUAAAUAUUCAACCCAGAA